AUGUCGAAUCUCUCGGCGACAGGGUCAUCAACCAAGACACCGGCGAUCAUGUCCUCACCCGCCCCGCCCUCGCGCAUGCGCGAAUUCUUCACACAGCCCGUUGCCGCCUCGUUCAUCGCCGGAGGCGUCGCCGGUGCCGUUUCCAGGACAGUCGUGUCGCCGCUUGAGCGAUUGAAAAUCCUGUUCCAGAUCCAGAGCCAUGGACGCAACGAGUACAAGAUGUCGAUAGGCAAGGCUUUGGCCAAAAUGUGGCGCGAAGAGGGCUGGCGGGGCUUCAUGGCUGGCAAUGGCACCAAUUGCAUCCGCAUCGUGCCUUACUCGGCCAUACAGUUUGGUGCCUUCAACUUCUACAAGCGGUUCUUCGAAAGCACACCAGGAGCCCCGUUGAAUCCCUACCAGCGCCUCAUUUGCGGUGGCUUCGCGGGUAUCACUUCUGUCACCUUCACAUAUCCCUUGGACAUUGUCCGCACCCGCCUUUCCAUUCAGAGCGCAUCCUUCGAAGGCCUGUCACACAAGGCGAAGAAAGAGCUUCCAGGGAUGUGGGGCCUCCUGGUAACCAUGUACAAGAACGAGGGAGGCUUCUUUGCUCUGUACCGCGGCAUAAUACCUACAAUCGCCGGAGUCGCGCCAUACGUUGGUUUGAACUUCAUGGUCUACGAGACCAUGCGCAACAUCUUCACACCAGAGGGCGAUCAGAACCCCGGAGUUCUCGGAAAACUUGGUGCUGGCGCUGUUUCUGGCGCUGUCGCGCAGACAUUCACAUAUCCAUUCGAUGUCCUGCGCCGCCGAUUCCAGAUCAACACCAUGAGCGGAAUGGGCUACCAGUACAAGUCGAUUUGGGAUGCCUUGACGACCAUAGUCAGGCACGAGGGUUUCAGGGGACUGUACAAGGGAAUUGCGCCAAACCUCCUCAAGGUCGCACCCAGCAUGGCGAGCAGUUGGCUCAGCUUCGAACUGACGAGAGACCUUCUGGUCUCUUUCAGGCCGGAGGCGGAAGAGUGA